GGGAAAGCCGUGGAUCCACAGCUCCACAGAGUCCUCCAGAUGUUUUCAGAUUCUGACAGAAGCAAAGGAGGAGAGGAGGGACGAACGGAGGGGUCUCUUUCCACGGCACUCGGGGGGCUAAAAGCGGGAAAGCAGGGUCUGUCCAGGUGAGGUGAGGACGAGGACCCGAUCUGCUUCUCCGCAAUCUGUCCAUCAACUCUGCCAAGUGCUUUGGUGCCGGCCACCCUCAGGUCAACUCAACCAUGACGGGCGCCAAACAAUAAAACUCUUGACCCGGCGUCCCUCUGACGGCCUGCACAAAACAAAUAUUUGAGGCCAUUAUAUCUCAUUUCUGCCAUCACUGAAAAGAGCAGCAGUGGAGGGAAUUGUUUGAAAAAAGACAGAAAGUGGGGGAGGACGAGCCAACCCGGUGAAGCAGCACCCUGCCUGCUAUUUUUGCUGCACUGUGGGCAGGAACAUCUCAUUUAGGAGUGCAGUUGGCCGACAAGCAAGAGGACUUCCCUGUUCCCCACCAGUCUAUUUGAAUGCCUGUAUAAAUACCGGACAGAGAUAUCAAUUUGUCUGGAUUCUUACACCACCCAAACGAAAGGCCUUACGCUAACUAUAGAAAACAUCACAACAAACUUGGACUCUGUGGUCUCCUGAAUUGCUACUUGUCUAUCACCCUUUGAGAAAGAUUUAAGGGCUACGAGAGCAGGAAUGAGAGACGCCUCAGUCGUCUCCUCUUAGAUCCCCGUCCAAAGCCAACAACUGCUCUCCGUGGGAGACCGGAAGCCGUGAGUUAGUUUAGGAACUGCAGUUUGGAUGUCUCCCCCAGCUUGGUGAAGGAACAUGAAACCCCUAACGCCGAUUGGAUCCCCGUCUCCUCUGAGGCUUCUCAACAAGGGUCCGGACUACCUGCGCAGGCAGAUCGACGGAGGAGGUCACGGCCGCUCCAUCAGCGCCGUGGAGAGGCUCGAGGCGGACAAGGCCAAAUAUGUCAAGAGCCAGCAGGUGAUCAACACCAAGCAGGAACCUGUGCUCGUGCCCUGCGCCACCCCGCCUCCGCAGCCACGCCGGGCGAUUUCCGUCCCCGGUAGCCUGACCCCUCACCUCCCUCCGCGCCGCUCGUCCAACACCCCCUUCUCUACAUUCUCCGACUCUUUCAGCUCAAGAGAUAAAAAUGACAAUGACGAUGCCAAAAAGGAGAACAGGAGGACUUCUGUUGAUGUCGAGGCUCAUAACAGGAGCAACGUGAAUAAUGUGAUGCCCCCCAGUCCCAGGACGCCGGGAUUCAGCAGCUUGGUGGCGCCUCACAGCGCUCCCGUGCUCAGGAGGAGUACGGGCAAGCGCAUGCUGAGACCAGACUCCCUGCUCAUCUAUCGGCAGAAGAAGGAGUGUAAAAGCCCCAGCGAUGCUGCGGGAGGGGAGAACAAUAACGUGGAGGUGAAGGGCUACAGCUUUGUCCGCCGCCUCUUUCAGGGUUCGAUGAGAGAAAAGGGUAGUGGAGGCGAGGGCAGAGUCCAGAAGAUGGUGAUCGGUGAGGAAAAAGCGCCGUCGCGCGACGGAGAAUCUCGCAUGUCUUGGACUAAUGACAAAGAUGCCACGGAUGGAGGACCAGGGAGCAGGAGAUCAAGCAAAACCGACCAAGAGCGAAGCCCGGCGUCUCUCCCGAGCCCUGGGUUUAGCUGCAAACUUGAACACACGAGGAACGGGUUUACUACGAGUAGCAGCGAACGAGUGAACGGUGCUAUCAACAAUGGCAACCUUUCAAGUAACCACAGCGAUGAAAAUGACCCUUGGAAGCGCGCCUCCCCGCCAGCUCGCAGGAGGCCGUUCGGGAGCUUGCAGCGCUCCAAGUCGGAGUUGUAUCUUCACUGUUCGGUAGUAUUGUCAGAGCAGAAGCAUUUCUUCGACUUCUGCGGGCUGGGCAUGGACAUGAUAGAGCGCCUCGGCAGGGAGAACUUCCUCUCCGGUGCCAGCUCCAUAGACACGCUGUCGUUGGCGCUCCGCAGCGUGGGGGGGGACGGUUGUGGCGGCUCGGAGCCCAGCGAGUUCUCCCGCCACUCGGGAGACGGACUCUUUGAGGAGGAGCUGGCUGAACAGCUUCCCACCGGGGUGUCAAUCAUCGAGAGGAACGCUCGUGUCAUCAAGUGGCUUUACGGGUGCAAGAACGCCGCUCAGGAAGGACCCAAGGAGUCAACGGUUUAAUUUAAGGACCUCAGUUAAGGAUCUAUUGCGCCGUGGAGUGCUGCAAAUCUGCAAAGUUUUGUUGAUGUCUUUUCUUUUCAUGAAACUGUAAACCAGAACAUAAGCACAUAUGCAUCAAGAAACAGGGAGGCGUUCAGCAACAUCAGCAGGUUUAGUAUCUGCUUGUGCAGAUGCUCGCUUUCUAAUUUUGCUGCUGCCAAGAGUCAAAGGGAUAUUCACACAUUUACCCGAGGCAUUGCUGUACAUUUACAACAUAAAACAGCAUAUUGCUGUGUUUCAUCAGAUGUUACGUUACUGUUAAAUGCCAAUCUCUUGAAUUUAAAUUUAAGCUCACAACUAAGUAAAUAACUGGUAAUUAUCACCAUAAAUCAGUUUUAGUACGAAAACAGACCCCACUCCGUCACUGUGAGUGUGCUGGGUUACUCGAUCUCUGCAGUCACAUACGUCAGUAAAUUUAACUUUGUUUUCCAUUUUUAAGACAGCAAACUUGUGAGACUUGUCUACAAUUUUCAAUAACUUAAAAAAGUUUUUAUACAAUUAAUAUUCUCUAAGCAUUCUCUUUUAGUGACUUUCUUUAGUGUUAAUGUACAUUUCAAUAUUUUACACCGAAGCUGGUUUUGGUUUUCUACUUUUUUAAAUUCACAGCCAAUUAUAAGAUAAAAAAGCACAGAUGUGAAAUAAGCUAAAUUUGUGACCUGUUGCUAAGAGACAGCAAAAUGUUGGCAAACAGUGUAAAUGACAUCAAAUCUGUUAUUCCUCUUAUUCACUGUGAUUCAAAAUACAGUAAUAUGCUGUUGAAUAAAUGACAGUAAAUGCCUUUAAAAAUAACAGUAAACUACUGCUCUCUACUUCCAUUUUUUUUCUUUACUGUAAAGUUCAUCACAUUGUACUCAGUUCUGUGUUUUUGCUUCAUGCAGCCGUGCAGGUCAAAAUAGCUGAGUCUCAUCAUGCAGAGGUGCAGCCUUCAAAAUGUCUUUGUUUUUAUUGUGCAUUUUUAAAUGAGUGUCCUUAAGGUCACUUAAAGGUCAUUUUCCUCCUUUUGAGUCCAGAGACUGCUUUUUCAAAUGAGAGAACAGCAACUCCUAAUAGUUUUAUCAUGUCGAACUGAUGUGAGGCAUUCGUAGAUCCUAUGGACGUGUUGUGUGAGCAGAGGCCGCUCUUACUGGGACAAAGGAGCCGUUUCUCCCAGCAAACUUGUGUGCGUGCAUGUGGAGUGGACAUUAUUCAAGAACCAGAUGAGGAGUUGAUAUGAAAUCAUCUGUGAGGUGUUAGUUAAUCAGACACACUUACAGGUUAGUGUCUGUGACACCGACCCUGCCCUUAAAUGACUAGAAAAAAACCACUCAGCUGUGAUUUUUGUAACCUAGGAAACUGAAAUUGUUGUGUGAGUGUGAAGUGAACCGUGAGUACCUCAUAUGAAUCUGCCCCAGUUUAGUUUGUGUGUUGCUCUAUUUUUAUUUUUUUUUUAUUUUUAUACUCCUUAAACGCAGGCGUUGGAACAAACAUGAGGCGCCCCUGUGGGGUUGUUAAUGCACUGAACUGGACAGGGAGAGGAACUGAAAGAUAGAACUGUAACUUUCCGGAGAUUCAUCUCACAUUAUGUUCAAAACUGAGCGUCUGCACGCCAGACGACGAGGAGCCACGCUCGCUCGGUGACUGUCAUCAUUUUUCUUUCUUUUUUUUUGUUUUUAAACCCUUGGAUAAAGUCAGUGUUUAACGCUUCAAUCACUUGUGACAGUCAUUUAUUUUCAUGCCUGUUCAAAUGUCACUGUAAGCCCAUGAUUCACAAAAAUAAUAAACGUGGGAAAUAAAAGAAAAGACAGUUAAUGUUCCAUCUUGGGAGCACAGUACCGGACUUUGGCAAGCGAUCUUAAAUCUCAAUGUAUUUAUUUCAAGACAAGAAGAAGCAGAAAAACUCACAAAGUAACAUUUACCAAGUGAGUUACCGCUGUUAAAUGUUUUAGGGAGUCACUUUCACCAUCUGGCUGUUUACAGAUGUUUAACAUCCCCAGCUGGCUCAUGGAAACACGCCGGGGAGGCUGACGCAGCCCUCCCCUCACUGAUAACCACAGAUCCUACCUCACUUCAUCAGUUCUCCACUGGUUCUCACUUUAUCUCCAUGAAAGGUCAUUCCCAUAGCUUGCUCUAGAGGUUGCCACUAAAAUGUGCACAAGACUGAGGACGAAGUGAGGAGUGUUACCAAACUCAUGGGCCCAGUACAUUUAUACGUGAUGGAUUAACUUUUUGCAACCUUGAUGUUAUUUUCUGUUUGCCAUCACACUUUUUAACCAAACGUUGACCCAGACGGAUUUCUGUUUUUAUCUCCUUUGGUUGCAUGUUUACAAAGUGGCUCUUUAAUUUCUGAUUUUCCUUUUUUUUCAUGUAUACAAGACCAUUAGUUUCUAUGUCAAAGAGAUUUGUGUAUGACAUACACAGCAAAUAA